CUGUGAGCAGCUACAGUGCCCUGCUCAGAAGCCCCGGGCUCAUCAGUCAAGCCGGUUCUUGGUUUGCACUCAGCAGCACGGGCAGGCGAGUGGCCCCAGUUCCAGGAGCAGAGCAGCAGUGCCCCAGUCCUGUCCUCCAGCCCAUAGCCUUGCCUGCCCACCCAGUGCCAGGAUGGCCACCAUCACUUGCACCCGCUUCACAGAAGAGUACCAGCUCUUCGAGGAACUGGGAAAGGGAGCCUUCUCGGUGGUACGCAGGUGCGUGAAGGUGCUGGCUGGCCAGGAGUAUGCUGCCAAGAUCAUCAACACCAAGAAGCUGUCUGCAAGAGACCAUCAGAAGCUGGAGCGUGAAGCCCGCAUCUGCCGCCUGCUGAAGCACCCCAACAUUGUCCGCCUCCAUGACAGCAUCUCUGAGGAGGGACACCAUUACCUGAUCUUCGACCUGGUCACAGGCGGGGAGCUGUUUGAGGACAUUGUGGCCAGGGAGUAUUACAGUGAGGCUGAUGCCAGUCACUGUAUCCAGCAGAUCCUGGAGGCUGUGCUGCAUUGCCACCAGAUGGGGGUGGUACACCGGGACCUGAAGCCGGAGAAUCUGCUGCUGGCCUCCAAGCUCAAGGGUGCAGCAGUGAAGCUGGCAGACUUCGGCCUGGCCAUAGAGGUGGAGGGGGAGCAGCAGGCAUGGUUUGGGUUCGCAGGGACACCUGGAUACCUCUCCCCAGAAGUGCUGCGGAAGGACCCAUAUGGGAAGCCUGUGGACCUGUGGGCCUGUGGGGUUAUCCUGUACAUCCUGCUGGUUGGGUAUCCCCCAUUCUGGGAUGAGGACCAGCACCGGCUAUACCAGCAGAUCAAAGCUGGUGCCUAUGAUUUCCCAUCACCAGAAUGGGACACUGUCACUCCAGAAGCCAAGGAUCUGAUCAAUAAGAUGCUGACCAUCAACCCCUCCAAGCGCAUCACGGCUGCUGAGGCCCUCAAGCACCCCUGGAUCUCGCACCGGUCCACCGUGGCCUCCUGCAUGCACAGACAGGAGACCGUGGACUGCCUGAAGAAGUUCAAUGCCAGGAGAAAACUGAAGGGGGCCAUCCUCACCACUAUGCUGGCCACCAGGAACUUCUCUGGAGGAAAGAGUGGAGGAAACAAGAAGAAUGAUGGUGUGAAGAAAAGAAAGUCCAGUUCCAGCGUUCAGUUAAUGGAAUCUUCAGAGAGCACCAACACCACCAUCGAGGAUGAAGACACCAAAGUGCGGAAACAGGAAAUUAUCAAAGUGACAGAGCAACUGAUUGAAGCCAUAAGCAAUGGAGAUUUUGAGUCCUACACGAAGAUGUGUGACCCCGGAAUGACAGCCUUUGAACCUGAGGCCCUGGGAAACCUGGUCGAGGGCCUGGACUUCCAUCGAUUCUAUUUUGAAAACCUGUGGUCCCGGAACAGCAAGCCCGUGCACACCACCAUCCUGAAUCCCCACAUCCAUCUAAUGGGCGACGAGUCGGCCUGCAUCGCCUACAUCCGCAUCACACAGUACCUGGACACGGGCGGCAUUCCCCGCACAGCCCAGUCAGAGGAGACCCGUGUCUGGCACCGCCGGGAUGGCAAAUGGCAGAUUGUUCACUUCCACAGAUCUGGGGCACCCUCCGUCCUGCCCCAUUGAAGGACCAGGCUGGGGGCACUGUGCCGCAGAGAUCCACUCUCCGUCCAUGGAUGUGGCUGCUGGUUCUCCCCCCUGGACUUUGCUGGAAUUCCCCCAAUCAUGUCACCCUACUACCGCCACCAUCAGCAUCACCUUCAUACCUGUGUCAAGAAAACCUGCCUGUUUGCAAAAGCCACCACGACUUCAGAAUGAAUGGCCACACCUCCCUGCUCCUGCCCGUCCCUCUUGCUCUUUGCCCCCGCCCGGGCAGGGCUUCUUCAGGCCUGGGUGCCCUGGGUGCUGCCCAAGGACCCCCCUCCUGGCUGUCACUGGCUUGAGCUUGCCCUGGCUGUAGGCCAGAAAGCCCAGCUGUGCUCCGCUAGGGGCUGGGGCGGAGGGCAGGACCAGGAGGAAUGUGGGGUUGCCCCCUCUCCCUGAUCCCCCUCUUCCGGGAUUCCCUGAGGAAGAGCAGACAAGCCCCCAGUUCCCUGAGCCAGUCUCCCCUGCAGGGGAAGGGAGAGAGGAGCACACCCCAGGACCCCCCGCUUCACACUCCUCCCUAGCCUCUCUCCCACCCUGUCCUGGCCCCCAGGCCUCUGACUGACACAUGGGGAGCAGGAGCCUCUCAGGGCGCCCCACUGCUUGCCUCCGACAUAAACAGCCCGUUCCACCCUUCCAUCAGUCCUGGAGAAUUCCAGCUUCGUCACAUCUGAAGGAGAGAAUCUCAUUUCUAUUUUGGGGGCAAAGAAAGCAACGCUUAGGUGUCACUUCUACUUGGACCGCAUGCCUUUUUAUAGCCAAACUUCUGUGUGUUUCGUAAGCAGAUUCCACGUUAAUGGGUAUUUAUGUAAUAACUAGACCUCACAGUAAUUUACUGUGAGGUGGGCUGGGAAGGGAGCUGGGAAGAGGGGUGAGGGUAGUUUUUUUCUGUUCUAGGUCUUUUUUUUUUAAUGUUAUCUCUGAGAUGAACUUUGUUACCUGUGGUUGUCUGGGGCUGAGGCGGACCCAGCCCCAGGGAAAGGCCUCUCUGACAUUUUGGUCCCAAGGUUCCUUUUGGGCCUGUGGAAGCAUCUGAUGUUAGUGCUGACUAGGAAACAGCGGAUUAGGGCAGAGAGUUGGGGAGGUUUUCCAGGUGGAAACACAGGGACUUGACUUUGCUUGCUUUUCACACUGGGGACUUUACUGCCAUGCUUCCCAGGAUUUCAUCCCACCACAUCCGUGUGCCAUCCCCAGCACCCCUACUUCUGGGGACUUCACUGCCUCUGCCCUCGGCAUCGGCUGGUUAAAGCAGGGCACUGAAUGUCUGCUCUUCACGCCUCGUCCUGUAGCCAUGGGUUCGCAUCUCUCCCUCUUCCUUCCUUUCUCUUUCCCUCUUCCCCGGAGAUUGACUGAUGUGGAAUGCUUUGGCACAUCCACUGGGAUCUACUGUCUGCACUGUUUUUUUGCAUGACUUUAUAUGCAGUAAGUAUGUUUAAAAAAAAAGAAAAAAGGAAAAAACACUCAGCAAAACCAACCUACAUGUUUUGAACAAAACAAAACAAAACAAAAUAGAGGUUGUAUUCUCAGUGUCUGACUCGGAAUUAUGUUGCUGCCUCUCUGUGCUUUUGGCCUCUGUGUGGCCGUGUUUUGCCAGCAUGACACACUGUCCCCUCUGGAGGAUUAAGGGGAGGGAGAGCCACAUCCCCAGGGAUUUGGAGGCUCUGGUUCCCCUGAACCUCUGGGAGUCCUGGAUGCAUGGCGGAGCAGGGCUGAUGGGGAUGUUUGAGCUGGGACUUUCUGAGUUCUUCCCUAUCAUUAUAUGUCUGCUGCACCCUUUUCUCAACUGCUGCUGCCCCUGGGACAGGUGAGGCAGGCUGGGUGGGGCUGCAGGCCAGGAAAGAGGCUGCUCAGGCCUCCUGGUCACCAAACUGGUCGAUCACUGGCCUCUAUCCUUGGCAGAGACCCUGCUGCUGAGGCCGAGGAGCAGGCACUUGGCACUUGGCCUGCCCAGGUCCAGAGGUCUUCCCAGCAAGGCCCAGUGAUCCCAGAGUCCCUACAGCAAAGCUACCUGCCUCCCUUGGGAGCUACCAGCUCUCAUAGUUCGCCCUAAGCCAAAGGGGAGGGUGUGGCCUUUACCAGGGGAUGCUGCAAUUGCCAUGGCAACAUCCAGUCCCUUCUUCAGCCUCGGUUUCUCCAUCAGUUACAGAGUUAAAUAUUCCUGCCCAGCCCAUGUUGCAGGGCUGAUGGGGAAUCUCAGUACUGUGACAGCUGGUGGGCUUCGCCCCCAGAGGGGCUCCUGCUCCAUUCUGGGCCUGGCCAGUUCCCUCUCAUCCCCAUCUGCCCCUCAUUCCCCUCUUUGGUGUCUGUCAACUGCUUAUCAGCAGUGGACUGUGGGGAAAGAGCCAUGGUUUAGGGGUUAGUAGGAUUCCAUUCCAUUCCACAGCAAGCUAGAACCAGACUUGCUGUGUGACCCUGGGCAAAUCCUUUCCCUGCUCUGGCCUAGGGUUUCCUGGUCAGAGGAAACUGGGCUGGAAGAUCCCAAUGUCCUGAUUUUCAUUUGCUGACAUACCUCCUGUCCACUCUGUUCCUCUCCAAGUGCCAGAGAAACGGAGGCAGGUCUCUACCCCAGGCUGAGAUGGCCCCACUGGGAAGGCCACACCUGUGGGUGAGCAGUCCAUCAGGGUGGACCACAGGGUACCAGUGUGAUCCUGGGGCAGCAUGCAGGGAAGACUGGCAGACAAAAUGGCCCAGAUCCCAUCCCCACCAGAAAGUGAAACUCUGUGCUCCUCCAAAACAUCCUGUAGAUGCAAAAAAUCCAGGCCUGAGAUAGGACCUAGGCUCCAGCAUGUGAACACAUUUCCAGGAAUGUAUCCUCCCAGGUUUGUGUCCAUAGGGCACUAAUCCUGACACUGGCCUCCCGUCUCCCUUCAAGGGGAGACCCUUUAGGGGAUGUGUUUGCCAGACUCCCCGUGCUGGUUUCUUUGUUACUAUUUGUUUGGGGGUUUGUUUUAGUUUUUUCCUUUUUUUUAAAUAUGUGGCUCUGAACUUGAAUGACCACCGCUCAAAUUUUUUGCUGUUGGGGGGCAGGGGGGAGAAGUGGGUGUCUGUUUUAUUCUUGGUGUUUUCAGUGCAAUAAAUAGCUACAAACUUCUGUGCA